AUGUCCUUGCUAUCUCCCUCCCUACGCCGUCUGACGCCUCUUUGCCGACGGGUCUCCGUCAAAUGUGCCCAGCAACAUAGGACGAAAUUCUCCAAACCAGAUAUCCACGUCUACCUACGGGAAACGGUACCGGGGCUUGGAGAGAAGGGGGAGAUCACACUAGUGAAUUUGGCACAAGCACGGAAUUACCUGGUACCCUUCGGAUUAGCAUAUUACACGCCGAGAAUACUGGGCAAGCCUAUCCUGCCUGACGGCUGGGAGGCGAAGGAGCGCGAGGAGGACUUUGAGCUGGAAACGAUCGUCCCCGCCUUCUCCACCAUCACCGUCGAAUCCCGCUCUACGUCUACCUCCUCUCCCACCUCCUCCACCUCCACCACCGCCCAAACCGCCCGCAUCCAAUCCCAUCUCGACCUCGCCCUCGCCCUCCGUUCUCUCCCGCCCCUAACAUUCAAACGCGUGCGGAUGAAAGCCACCGACACAAAGAUCUACGGCUCCGUCACCGCCGACGACGUCGUGAGGGAAUUGUUGGAAGUGCAUAAUGUCGUGGUGGAUAGGGAGAGUGUGUUGAUGAAGGAGCGGAUAAAGAAUGUAGGGGAGUUUGAGGUUGAGGUGGCGUUGGGGGUGGGGGAGAAUGGGAAGGUGGUUGUGAGGGUGGAGGAUUCGGAGGUUUAG